AUGACAUCCGAAGUGCCAUCUUCGUCUCUUCCGUAUAAACUCAAUCAGCAAAAUCAGGCACAGUAUCAACACAACAUAAAGUUGCUUGAGAAAAUAGUAGAUGCGAUCAUUCUUUGUGGGAAACAAAAUAUUCCUCUCCGAGGACACAAAGAUGAUACCACAAGUGAUUCCUCAAAUAAAGGUUAUUUCCUGGCAAUAUUACAGCUGUUGGCAAAGCAUGAUGAGCAGCUCUGGUCUCAUCUACAAAAAGCAAAAAAGAAUGCCUUAUAUACCAGCAAAACCAUUCAGAAUGAGGUUAUCCAACUCAUUGGAAAUUACAUCACAGAUACUAGAGAACACCCUGCCAUCAUUAAGGAGGAAUUUCUUGACUUUGCAAAUAUAGGCAGAACUUCUGGGGAAACAAUUGCUGAUAAACUUAUUGAAAUCCUCCGCUUGCUUGCAAUUCCGAUUGAGAACAUGCGAGGGCAAGCAUACGAUGGUGCAGCAGCAAUGGCAUCGGAAAAACGAGGGUGUCAGGGACGAAUCAAGUCUCUAAACCAAUUAGCUUUUUCCCCUAAACGACAAGGGUUUCUUGAGACUAUUAUAGAAAAUGAUGGGUCUGUAGAUUUUUCCAGAAAGAAACUAGUUGGACUCUGUAAGACUAGAAAAAGAGAUAUUGCCAUUUUCACUGCAAGUAAGUUAAUUGAGGAACACGUGGAUAGGAUCAAAGAAAUUCGUAGAGCGGUAGAUACCGAAUUGGAGUCUUGCUUUGAAGAUGCAAAACAAAUUGCAGGCGACCUUGAUAUAGUGAUUAAAACCCCAAGGGUUUGCUCCAAGCAGCAACACGGAGAAAAUGUCUCCACAAGCAAUCCAAGAGAUUAUUAUAGAUCUGUCGUGGCCAUUCCAUUUCUGGACUUUUUCCUCAGUGAAUUAAAUACGAGGUUUCAGAAAGAAGAUCUGGGGGCAUAUUCGAUAUGCUCUUUGUUGCCUGCCAAUGUGACAACUAUUUCACACGAGGAAUUGUCCAAACUUGCCUCAGAACUAAUAUGUUGGGGGAGCGACCUGCCUUGUCUUUCUGUAAAGGACUUGGAGAAAGAACUCAGAGAUUGGAGACGUUAUUGUGUUAACAUGAGCAAAGAAACUUCAGACAAGCUCUACAAUCUGCUCAAUCUUUUCAACUUUGUAGAUGGGGACGUUUUCCCGAAGGUGAAAAUUAUUCUUCACAUUGGAUGUGUUUUACCUAUCACAACAUGUGAGGCCGAAAGAUCCUUUUCUGGAUUAAGACGCAUCAAGAGUUACAUGCGCAGUACUAUGCAAGAGGACAGAUUGACUGGGCUUGCACUAAUGCAUCUUCACCAUUCAUUAGAAAUUGACCAAAAGGAAAUUGUACAAUCAUUUUUCAGGCAAGGAAAACGAAGAUUAUUUCAGUCAAGUCUCUUUAGCUAA